GUGGUGAUAUUAACAGUAAAAAGAGCCACGGGAACUUUCUCCUUGGCCGGAUGUGUCUUCAUGCUCUUCGUGAUCUGGCUUCUUCGCCGCUAUCACUCCUUGGCGCAGGUUGCUGCCAGUAUAUUUGUGGGUGGAGUGAGUUCGUCAGGUUUGUCAGGUUGAGUCGCUCUUCAAAAGUUAUCCGGCGGUAAAAAUGACAGCUUUAGCACAAAGCUCAGGAUGGAUCCUCUUACCUUCGGACUAGGUCGCCGCCAGUCACCGCCGCCGCCUCCUCCUCUUCGUCCUCCCUCCCGCCCGCCCUCCCUCCCUCCACUUCCCUCCAUCUCCUUGCAAAGGUUAUCCGUCAGUCAAUAGUCUUUAGUGCUCUCCCUGCAUGGCCCUGCUGAGCUCGUUUCCUUCCUCCGCCCCCCUCCACCCACCCUCCAUCCUGCAGCCUUGGCGAAGGUCGCCGUCAGACACGUAUUGAUGAAAGGUUGUGUUUAUUUGCGCCUCUUUUUCUCCCUGUGCCUGCCUCGUACAAAGCCUGCUUUCAAGCUGUCGAUUAUUGCGAUCACGCAGCCAAAUGAGUUCAGCGUGCAGCGGAAGGGGGAAUGACAGCACGUCCUGUUUUUCCUUUGUCCUCCAUCGUGCGUCUUGUGUGUCUCCCUUUUUUUUCCCUUCGCCAAAUUCUUAGGGGACCGGAAGCCCCUAAGCUCUGGGGUCGGAUCUGUUUCCCCUUUCUACCCUUGCCAAUUGGUAAUCUAUUUAGAAUGCCAGAUAACAGCGCGGGUCCCCGAGCAUUGUGUUGUAAUUAGGUUUGCUCUGAUUGGUCUGUGGAAAGCGGUGUUGACAGGGCGGACGGCGCGUCUCGCGGACGAUAUGUCGCACCGCCAUAUCGUACAUAGGGGACUCAUUUAUUUGUCAUUUGUUUUGUCACAGAAGAUGAUUCUCAGCUUGACUGUGGCGGCCUUCUUUGACAGCCUAGCAUACGUCAUGGGUGAGUCCCACCCUGAGGGUUCUCUCUGUGACUUUCAGGCCUGGUGGCUCACAUACUUUGAUUGGAGUGCCUUGGCCUGGGUUUGCCUCAUUACGCUUAACCUGUACUUUAACCUGGUCCGGGAGAUGAGCACGAGCAAAUAUGAAAUCGUCUACCAUGUGAUGGCGUGGGGGGUGCCCUUGGUCAUGGCCUCCCUGCCUCUGCUCAAAGGUUCCUACGGCCCUGCAGGAGCCUGGUGCUGGAUCACAGACGAUCACGUAGCCUGGAGAUUUGGGAUAUGGUACGUGCCGCUCUUCACUCUCAUCCUGCUGAUGAUCUGCUGCUACGCCAGGAUCAUCUGCGUGGCCAAUAACCGGAUGCAGUCGUGGCUGGGAACGUUCAACCCGGAGCGAGAGCGACGAAAGGUGUCCCUGGCCGAGGAGAUCAAGCCGCUGAAGUGGUAUCCGUCUGUUUACCUGCUGGUGUCUAUCUUCCCGCUCAUCAACAGGCUCCAUAAUGGCCUCUACCCGCAGGAUCCAUCCUUCUCCCUCACCCUGUUGCACGUCCUGUCUGCUCCUCUUCACGGCUUGGCCAACGCCUUCGUGUUUGGCCUGGAUCGGGACUGGUGGAGCCUCCUGAGCCCGACUGGCAUGCAGCUGGCCUUGCAGUCGCGGCUGUGCGACAGGACCCACAUCGGGGAGUACCACGCGGGCACCGUGCGCUACACCCAAGCUGACCUGGUGGAGCUGAGCGACGACGACGAGGAGGAGGACAACGGCAACACGCUCUUCUACGCGCCGCACAUGACCCUGAAAGAGCGAGGGCCCUGAGGGCGAGACAAAGGACGGCGAAGGCUGACAAAGAGAAAUGCGGCGGAUUAGAAAGCAGGGCGGUGAGGAAGAUUGUGGGGAAAGUCAGGCAGAUAGAAGCCGGAGAUGAGCUGUCAGCUUCCAUUAUUAAUCCCCAUCCUUUACUAUUUCAUAUCCUAAAGACGCGCACACGCACAUACUGAGCAGGGCUGCAAUGCUACGCUAAAGAUCCUCCGCCUGUUUAAAAAGCAUCCCCAAGGUCUUAAAACAUUCCUCAUCACUGCACCCUCGACUCCUUCAAUCUGCACUUCUGGCAGACCACCAAGAUGGAGGAGGAGGAGGGAGAGAGGAAGAAAAGAAGCGCUGAAAGGCAAUCAUAACAAGGUGCUAGUUUAGCAUUCAGAGCAAUUACCUUUUCACCUCGCUGCAGGAGACCAGGAGAAAAGCAGCCUUUUUUUUGUUUUUUAAUGUGUGUGCCGGAACUUUCCGACUCUUCUUCUCAAGGAAGACGUUUGCAGUGGACAGUAUUUCUUUCUGCCUUUUGCAGUAUUGUCGCUGUCUGACAAAAGAACACAUUUUUGUGUCUCUUAUGUACACCAUUAAUGAAGAGAAAAUGAACCAUCAAUAACUAAGAAUGAUUCUGAACUCUAUGGAGCUUCAUUUUCCAGAGCUCACAUCUUCUUCUUCCUCAUCAACAGCGCCUCUGCUGGUUGCGAGCAAGUAGUGCACUCCAUUGUGCUUCAAAGCGUGAUUAAUCACUAAGUACCGUAUUUUUCUGAGUAUAAGUCGCUCUGGAGUAUAAGUCGCACCGGCCGAAAAUGCAUAAUAAAGAAGGAAAAAAACAUAUAUAAGUCGCACUGGAGUAUAAGUCGCAUUUUUGGGGGAAAUGUAUUUGAUAAAAGCCAACAGCAAGAAUAGACAUUUGAAAGGCAAUUUAAAAUAAAUGAAGAAUAGUGAAGUUUUAAAGACUAUCAUCAAGCUGCUUUCUGAAUGUCCUUUCAAAAUGUGCCUAGCAUGGGCGGUCCUGUUUAGGGCUUCGGCACGUCAAAAUUCUCCCACAACAUGAGGAUAGAGAAAAAGAAGGAACAUUUUUGGACUACAACCCUCAACCCGGACUUGUGCAGAAGUCUUCGGAUAAACUUCUACCAUAAAAAGGAGAUAUCCGCUGAUGUAAUAAAGGCAAAAUGUGUCAUUUAAAGAAGACAUAUUAUGAUUUUUUUUUUUACAUUUAAAACACUUCCUUGUGGUCUACAUCAGUGUUUCUUAACCAUAGGGCUAAAAAGAUGUGCUUCUCAGCUGUGGCCCAUAUGGGCCGCUGCAGACCUCAGUUGUAAUACACUUUUCCACCACUUAUGGCAGUAAUGACAAUAUCAAACAAACAGAAGAAGUUUGCAGCUAAUCAUAGAAACAUUUCUUAAGCACAAAAAUUAAAGUGGUAAAAAUGUUUUUUCAUUUGCACUUUAUUUAUUUUUUUGACAGUUUAAGGAACAUAUUUUAGCACUGUGUAAUUGAAUGUAUUUUUCAUCCGUUUUUAUGAGUACCUUCUUUUGCUGUAUAUUUUGAUUAGUAUUUAUUUAUGCAAUCAUCUUGACCUAAGCUUUGAUAAUAAUCUUUAAGUUUCAUAUCAUUUGACAAGGUUUAUCCAGUUAAACGGAAAGUAACAUAUUUUUCGGAUUAUACGUCGCUCCAGAGUAUAAGUCGCACCGGCCGAAAAUGCAUAAUAAAGAAGGAAAAAAAC